AGUUGCGUAACUAUCAUGUGCAGCUAUAUAAAGCUAUGUGGCAUUGAUAAGCCUGAAGAAGGUGGCCUACCACCUUAUGUGGCUGCACUCAUGGUGGUUUUCUUCCUUCAGCAGAGAAAGGAGCCAGUUCUUCCUGUAUACCUAGGAUCCUGGAUUGAUGAGUUUACAAUUUCUAAAUUGAGUCAAUUCAGACUGAAAGAACCCAACAGCAAAUAUGUGUUUUGGGAAUACAGUGCUGCAGCAAACAGCGACAAUCAAAAUAAUGAAGAAUGCACUUCUAAAGGAAAGGUGCCACUCUUCUUUGACUCAGAAAAACAGUGUUCUGCGCCUCUUGGUCAGCUUUGGGUAGAUCUGCUUAGAUUUUAUGCACUGGAAUUCAACAUGGCUGACCUUGUUGUCAAUGUUCGUGUUAAAGAGAAGCUUUCUAGGGAAUUGAAGGACUGGCCUAAGAAACGAAUUGCUGUAGAAGAUCCUUACUCUGUAAAGAGGAAUGUUGCAAGAUCAAUGAACAGUCAGUUAGUGUAUGACUUCCUUCUCCACUGUUUAAAGGCAACCUACAAAUAUUUUGCCAUGCCCCAAACCAAGUCUGGAAAAUCCAGCACUCAAAAGUCCACCAUUUCUGCUCCAAAUACUAACAAAAAAGGUGCACAAAAUCCUUUAACGUGUCCAAAUUCUGAGAGCAUAAACAAGUUGGAAGAAUUCUUAGACAGUCAUGAUGGUUUGGCUUCUCUUGUAAUUUCCCAGCCUACUCACAGUCAGGUUCCUAAUGAGAUGGAUAGUACAGCAAAGAAAAAGCUAGUCUAUAAUACAACAUACCCAGAUGUUAAUAUUGAAGAUGCUGACUGCAUAACAGAGGAGAUUAUUUUAGAUGACCCAGAAGAUUUUUUCCAGGGCUCUGAAGAACCAGAAAGUCCUCAUGAAGAAGAUUCUGAUGAAGAUGACCACCCUUUAAUAGGAAAUGAGGAGCAAAGUGAUUACAUGAUUGAUCAAAGCUAUGAGGAAGAUAGUGAAAGUGGAGAGGCAGCUAUGGCAGGCAAUGAAGAAACAGACAGUCUGUCUGACUUUGAGGGAGGUGUUUGCUUAGAGAGCAGAGACCUCUAUGUCGAUAAGGGAGAUGUAGAAGAGGAGAGCACAGAGGGUACAGAUGAACUAGAGGAAACUGCCCAUGAUUUUGGACUGGCACCUGUAACUAUUUCAGAUGAAGAGGAGGAGGAAGAUGAUGAGGCUAGUUUGGUAUUGAAUCAAAGGGAGAAUUUAGAUCUCAUGGAGGAUGAUGAUGAUGAGCUAGAGAACACUUACACCGGCUCAGUGGUUGAAUUGUCUGAAGAUGACCAAACUGGACAAGUGUCUGCUAGAAGUUCAAAAGUCCAUGAAAACUGCACUGAAGGACUUUCUGACACUGUGCUCUCAAAAACACAAGCCAAAAAACUCCUACCAGUUACCGAAAGCUCUGUCAAUGAAGAGAUUUGUAUGUUUUAUGAAUUUUACAAACCAACAUUUACAAAAGGCAAGCUUCCUACUGUUGUAUGUAGCUUGUGCAAAAAAGAAGGCCAUCUAAAGAAGGACUGUCCAGAAGACUUUAAAAAAAUUGAACUAGAACCUUUGCCACCACUUAAUGCUAAGUUCCAACAGCUCUUGGAUCAAGUUUGUAUCCAGUGUUACGAGGAUUUUCGCCCCACUUCUCUAGAAGAUAAGGCUCGGGAGCUUAUAAGGCGUGAUCUGGAGGACUUUAUUAGACGAGACUUUAAGG